UUGGUCGGCCAAAGAAAGAAAAGGGAAGAAAAGAAGAAGAACAAAACCCUAGCUAAGAAAUUCAAGAGAAAUUCACCAAAUUUCAAGGACUCAAGCCAUCAAAGAUUAUCAUGCCUCCUCGACGUGAACACCCACCUCUCACUAGAUCGGUUGGGAGGGGAUGAGGUCGUUCUCAACAUCGUUAGCUAGAUCUUAUAGAGGGGGAAUCGGUUGGGUCUACUAUUCGGGCAGCACCUGCUAUUGAGUAGACCGAGACUCCUCCACAUCCUCCACCUCCUCCGUCGCCUACUAGUAUUCCUGUCAUGCCUCCUGAGGCAGUUCAGGAAUUGGCAGCCUUUUUUACUGCUGUUGCUGGCCAAGCUCAAGCUGGUCAAGCUCUUCCUACAGUUCCUCCAGCUACUCCUUCAGUACCACCACCCCCACCUCCUGUCCCACCACCAGUGUUGGAUGUUUCUAUUUCUAAGAAGCUUAAAGAGACUAGGCAACAUGGUUGCGUUUCUUUUAUGGGUGAGUCAGAUGCAAUCGUAGCUAAAGAGGUGUUGCAAAUGGCUUUCAGAGCUGAGAAGCUUGCAAAUGAAAAUAGGAGAAUACGAGCUGAGUUAGCAAAAAGGAGAAAUUUGAGUGUAUCUUCUAGUCAACCACCAACAAGGGGCAAAGACUCAUCUAUUUCAGGAAGUACUAUUAUUGUUUCGGUAACAUCUUCCCGACCUCCAUUUUCAUAGAUACAGCAGAGGCCUCCAAGAUUUAACAGAUCUGCGAUGACUAUUUCUGGGAAGAGUUCCAAAGGUUCUGAUAGAUGCAGAAAUUGUGAAAGAUAUCAUGUCGGGCCGUGUAGAGGGCCUGUACAAUGUUUUUAUUAUGGUCAGCCGGGUCACAUUAAGAGAGAUUGCCCACAGUUAGGAAGGGCUAUGGUAGCUGCUCCAUCUCCACCAGCUCAUACGGAUAUGCAGAGGAAAGAUUCCUCUAGAUUACAAUCGAGAUAGGGAUGAUUUUGACAUACCACCAAGGGUAGAUUAAAUAUGUUGAAAUUAGUGUUCUAAUAAAGUACAUAUGAUAGAAAGCUAGUUUUGUAAAUUGUAGUUUCCAUGGUCAUGAAACUCUUGAACUAAUAAUAAGAUAAGCAUAAAAUGUUGAUUC